CCGCGGUGCAUGACGGGAGUUGUAGUCUACCGCUGCUUCCUGUUCUCUGACUGCGGCAGUGAGUUCAGGUCAGUUUCGUGUUUGGAAACGAGAAAAAAAUUCAUAACAACAGCCUUGACAGUGAGCAGUGUGUCAUCAGUACUGAUCCUCGUGAUCUGUCUGUCUGUAGAUGUCUGUGUUCGAGUCGUAUAGCGCCUUCAGCAGGCCCAUCACUGCAGUGGCCUGGGCAUCAAACGCCUCCAGCUGCCCCGGUCAAUUCAUCCUGAUCACUCAGACUGAAGAUGGAGCCUCCGCUAACUUCAUCCGAGGGUUUGCAAUCAAGUCAGGAUACUACCUGAGUUACAGUAAGGAUCUGUCCGGUGGGAUGGUUGUGGCAGAUGUGCAGGUGAUUACGGAUAAAGAGACGAUUCCUCACGGUUACUGCUACAUCCCAGAGUUCCUGGAGCCCAAGGCGUCUGUCGGGAAGAAGAAGCGCAUCUGUGUGCGGAUCGUUCCUGUGGGCAGCGUUGCGACGGCUGUUCUAGAUCUCAAACUGACAGUCAAGAAUAAGACCAUGGUGCAGCAGUACACCUGCCUGGGGGACAUGAAUGGCUUCGUGGUGUGGUGUUUAAAAGGCCAGUUCUCAUCUCCAACUCCUCAGGCCAAGCCGCGCAGUGUCAGUCUGGACAUGCGCAGUCUCUCGCUGGAAGGAACCGGUCCCCCGCAGCCUCUCAAGCCCAGCAACCCUCCUGAAGCCCCAUCGAAAGUCAGCCGUCGGCGCAGUAAGCUGGACAUGAACAACCCGAUGGAGGCUGUGUAUGACAGCGGUAACCACAGCAGCAUCCACGGUCUCACAGCGAUGGAUGGAGUUCCUUUCUCUCUACACCCGAAGUUUGAGUCUCAGUCAAACUCAAAGGUGUCUGUGAGCACGCUGAGUGACAUCCGUAUCAAAUCAGUGCAGGACAUUGAGAAUGAGUAUAACUACACGUUUGCGGUGGAGGAACUGGCAGCGAAGAGAAUCUGUCCGUCAGUGAGCGGCUGAAAUCAUUCCUCUCGUCUUCUCAGAAUCCCAUUCCGUUAGAUUAGCUCUCAGGCUCUGGUCCAUGAAAUCACACACUUAUUUCUGGUUUAGGAUGACCAAAACUCACACUACUGGUUUUGCAGGGCUGGUUCUGGUUGGUCUCAUUCUCUCUUUUCUCUACCGGGUUGGUUGAACAUGAAGGAUUUUCUGCAUCCAAACACAUUAGGUGCGUGUGUUUCUGCGAAACACUAACAGGCGAAUCAAAGGGCUU